AUGGCUCAAGACACCAAGGUCACCCUCUACUGGCUGGAGCAAUCCCGCUCCCAGCGCAUCCUCUGGCUCCUCGAAGAACUCAACAUCCCCUACGAACUCAAAACCUACAAGCGCGGCCCUGACAUGCUCGCCCCCAAGGAACUCAAGGAAGUCCAUCCCCUCGGAAAGUCCCCCGUCAUUGGCAUCGAGAGCGCAAACACCACCAAGCCGUUGAUUCUCGCUGAGUCAGGCUUUAUCACGGAGUAUCUGUGCGAUCACUUUAAUGGGGAGAGACUCGUGCCGAAGAGAUACGAGGAGGGCAAAGAGGGAGAAGUUGGCGCGGAGACGGAGGAGUGGAUUCGGUACCGGUACUACAUGCACUAUGCGGAGGGGAGUUUGAUGCCGUUUUUGCUUCUGUCGUUGGUCAUGGACGCCCUCCGCAACGCCCCCGUCCCGUUCUUCGUCAAGCCCAUCACCGGCAUCGUCGCCUCCAAGGUCGAGUCCGCCUUCAUCAACCGCAACAUCGACAACCACUUCCGCUUCCUGGACGAGCAGCUCAAGACUGCUCCCGGCGGCGGUCCGUAUCUCUGCGGUACGGAGUUAACGGCUGCGGAUAUCUUGAUUAGUUUCCCGAUUAUCGCAGCUAUGGUGCGGUUGCCCGGGGGUGCGGUGAAGUAUCCUAAUGUGAAGAAGUAUGCAGACUUGUUGCAGGGCACGGAGGGAUAUAAGAAGGCAGUUAAGAAGAUUGAGGAGGUGGAGGGGAAGUUUGAGCCUAUCAUGUCAUGA